AUGGCACCCGUCUGCACCAUACCGGGCACCCCCGACCUCUAUGGCAUGGGCAUCCGUGUCUCCUUCUACCUCUUGUGGUUCUUCGUCCUCAUCGGCGAGCGGUGCCACGAGCAGCAUGCCCAAGUCCUUCGCGCCGCCGAGCUGGUUCUUGCCUACGCCGUCUUUCUCGGCUUGGCCGUGGCCGUAUCGGCGGGAAGUCUCUUUGCCGCCGAGGUCUAUAUCACCCUCCUUCUCAUCUCGACGACCGUGUACCUGCUGGUGCCCCGGCACACCACUGAUCUCAUGGCGUGGAUCCGUCCUGAUCUCGGGAUCGGAACUCAGCGUGGCGGGUUCGGUGUUGUUAGAGCAGCUCGAUUCCUCUCCGUAUUGAUCGUCAUUGGUCUGAACCUCUGGUUCUGGGGGGCUGGCGUCAAGUCUACGUCGAUUGACAGGAAUUUGAGAGAUCAAGGCGGUUGCUGUCCUUGCCAGCCCCCGGCUCAAGUUGGGUUUGCGUUCGGGCCAAUUGAGAUGCAGAGCGGGGGUUUCAGGGCCAUGAAUGUCCUCUUGAUGCUAGCCCUGCUCGCCGGGGGAGUGAUUGUUGGCGCGAUGAAGACUGGGCUCAUCAAGAACAGAAGCCGCUCCCGGAUUCGAGUCUUAAAGGAAGUCGAGACUUUCGGGGGGCUGACAGUUGCGUGCGUCCUCGUCGCCGCUACUGAACUGACGAUCAAAUGGAACAAGAUCUCGGGUGCCGUCAACCAGGUUUCGACUGCCGCGCAAUUUAUACCGCCGGGGAUUGUCGUAGCGUUGAUCUUGACCUUUCUAUCCGACCUAAAGAAUGGUUCCGCUGAAUCAGGGAACAGCGACAGUGGCGGCAGCGGGACCGGCAGCGGGACCGGCAGCGGCAGCAGUGGUGUUGGCAGCAGCUUGCCCGUGGGCUCUUCAGGCCCAUCUUCCUCUUCGAGCGGCUGGACCAAGCCUGCCAUGGGCGCCCUCGUCGCCCUACCCAUCUAUGCUGCUCCAGCUCCAAGCUCGAGUGCAUAUAUCUCUCGUCCGCCUCCCGAUUUUGACAAGGACCAUCCACCUCCCGACUUUGACAGAGAACAUCCGCCCCCGGAUUUUGACAUGGAGCAUCCGGCCCCUGAUUUCGGCCCCUUCACUCCACAUCCCGCUUUUACCGCAGCGAUCCGCAUCUCGAUCCGCUUUCCAGCAACCACCGGGACGGUCUUCAGUAGAGACAACCACUCGGCCACCGAUAAACCCUAUCAUCAUCAGCGUGUCUCCGCCAAGAAAACAGCGGCCAAAGGGGCCACGGCCAAUGUGAAGCCUCCCUGUCUUCAAUUCGGGCUGGUUGCUCCAAUCAUUUCGGAAAGAUACUCGGCGUCUACGGUCGCGACAACCCUCCACCAAAGCGCCACCAUGCGCCUGGCCCAGGCGCACGCCGACCUCUCCCGCCGACUCACACAAACGCUGGUCAAGAGCGACGCGGCCUUUCUCGAGUCCACCGAGGCGCACGUCAGAAAACUCACCCAGCCGCUGGACGCGGUCCGCAUCCGGUCGCAGCAGCGCGGCCGCGACGGGGCGCUGCGGAGUGAGGAGAGCACCGUGGGUGAGCUGGUCGCCCGCGCCGAAGAGCAGUUGCGGGAGUUUGAGAAGUGCAUGGCGGAGCUCUGGGCGGAGUGGGCUGUUGCCGACGAGGAGAUUGAGGAGGCUGAAGAGGAGGCUGUUGACCUGGGAGAGAAGGCGCUGGCCUUGAUGAAGGGGAUCGAAAAAGACUUUCGAAAGGAGACGCUACCGGAUCUGCAUACCUUCUUCCAGUCCAUCGACGAGCCGUAA